AUGCUGACACAGGGGCUGACACAAGGGCUGACACGGGAGCUGACGCAGGCGCAGAUCGACGAGUAUCACGAGCGCGGCUUCAUCGGGGUGGAGGGGGUCCUGACGGACGAGCAGGUGGCCGAGUUGCAGGCCGUCACCGACGACUUCAUCGAGCGCUCGCGCGAGGCGACCGAGCAUACCGACGUCUUCGACCUGGAGCCGGACCAUACGCCGGAAGAGCCCAAGCUGCGGCGCAUCAAGGAACCGCACCUGGUGCAUGACGCGUACGACCGGGUGAUGCGCGACGAAGGCAUCGUCGAGAUGGCCAGCCAAGUGUUCGGGAGCUGGGCGGUGCGCACGCACGGCAGCAAGCUCAACAUGAAGUCGGGCGAGUUCGGCAGCCCCGUGCACUGGCAUCAGGACUGGGCCUUCUAUCCCCAUACCAACGACGACGUGCUGGCGGUGGGCGUGGCCAUCGACGAUAUGACGCGCGAGAACGGCUGCCUGCUGGCGAUCCCGGGAUCGCAUCGCGGCCCGAUCCUGGACCACAACCAGGACGGCGCCUUCGUCGGGCGCGGUUACCGAGCAUGCCUUCGACCCGGCCGAAGCGGAACCGAUCGAGGUACGCGCCGGUGGCAUUUCCAUCCACCACGUGCGCACGCUGCACGGGUCGAUGCCGAACACCUCCGAGGCUCCCCGUCGCCUGCUGCUGCUGAUGUACUGCGCCGGCGACGCCUACCCGAUCUGGAUCGCGGGCGGCCAGAUGACCUGGGACCAGUACCGCGCCACCUUCGUGCGGGGCGAGGCUUCCAACGAGGUGCGCAUGUCCUCCGCGCCGGUGCGGCUGCCGCAGCCGCCGCCGAUCCGCUCCGGCUCGAUCUACGAGACGCAGCGCGAGUUGAAGGAGACCACGUUCAGGUAAGGACCCCGGCGCGCAGUGCGGACUGCGCCGCGGCCAGCCGGGCGAUCGGCACCCGGAACGGCGAGCACGACACGUAG